UAGUUCUUACCGGAAAUUGAGCCUAUGCAAACGUCAUUUGCGCAUGCGCGUACGUCUUUUCCUCCUUUCCGACACUCGAGCGAAAAGAGGCAAGAUGGGCCAUCAGCAGCUCUACUGGAGUCACCCUAGAAAGUUCGGCCAGGGAUCCCGCUCCUGCCGAGUGUGCUCAAAUAGACACGGACUGAUCCGUAAAUACGGACUCAACAUGUGCCGCCAGUGCUUCCGGCAAUACGCCAAAGACAUCGGCUUCAUUAAGCUGGAUUAAAUGACUCACAUUGACAUCCUCUGAUCGGGUCAUGGCGUCAUUAGAAGGCUGACCAAGAUGGGAAAAAAUUAAACACUUCAAAUAAAUGUGUUGUUUUUUUUGUCCAGA